GCGGGUAUUAUAGAGCCUAAAUAAAAACAACAUCAACUUGAAACAACAGUUCCGAGAGAAGUAAGUUCACGGCCCCAUUUCCGUCACCUUCUCUGGCUGUUCUAACACUUUUUUUGAGCGAUUAAUGUUUUGUCCUCUGGCGCCACAACGGAGCUAAUAUAUCAUAACAGUAAUUUCGAGUUAAUUGAAGGUUUUCUUCUUUGUCAGACCAUCUUAACUUAAUAGCAAAAUAGCUUCAAAAGGAUGAUUGAAACCCGAACACGAAUUGUUAGCUAAGGAGAACUAAGUAAACGUUUCUAAAACUUUUUGAAAAGAGACAAAGAUUUUUUGCGUUUCAAUUUACCGAAGGCGGCUCAAUACACAAUUGACAAUUCAAAAAAUCUAUUCAUUGCCGCGUUUGUGGCGCCAACAGUCUUAAGCUUCGCUGGAACGAAUCGAUAUUCUAGGUCAAUAAAUCACGCUUUCUCGCUUGGAGCCGACUGCUGACUAAAACAGGUUUCGUAAACAAAGCAAAGGUGACUUAAUUGUCUAAUUUGGACAGUGGUUUUUGUCGGCAGGAACAUUCGUGGAGACAAUAUACAUCACCGAUAAACGUCAAGCAGAAAAGUCAUCGUUUAAGAGUCGAUUCAGAAAGAUGGGUGUCAAAAGAAUUGUCAACUUUAAUUAUUUCUGUUUGGUGACCCUCUUAAUUUUGACGGACCUGUCGACGCUGUUUUCAUCUCCAAUUCCGUUUAUGGAAGAACUCUUAAAUCGCAAAACAAGCGCACUUCCUAAACAAGACAAAGGAGAACUUCCCUCUAGAGAUCCAACCAGCUUGCUAGGAAGUCAAAUCCUCCCGCAGAAAACAGUUUACGAGACCCCGACGCGUGAUACGACGAAAAACUCGUCAGCUGUUCACACUAACUUUUUCAACUUUAAGCCCAAGAAACUGCAUAGGAAUGCCGACAUGUCUACGGAAAGAAAACGUGCACAAUCGGGGCUCAUGCAGUUGAGAUUUUCCCGUCCAUCUUCCCCAAGUGACCUCAAUUCAAAAUCUGCAAUCAAACCACAAGCGAGAGGUGGUCUUCCUAAUAAGCAGAGAGAGCCAUGGGAAUAUCUCCCAAUCAGGCCAGAGAAAGAAACUGAGGAGGAAAGCGGAAAUAUUCCGAAAAUAAACGUCAAAUUUGGAGGCAGCGGGACCACAGAAGACUCGGUUGCAAAAGGGCUAGCGACUAAGAGGAAAGCGAUGUCAUACAGCCACAAAGUACCUUUAUCUACUGGAGGGCCCCAAGUUAACCUAGGCAGGUUGAACCUCAAAAGCGAUUGGUGCGUUACACAUCCCUUCAACGAAACUGUGCAUCAUCGCGGUUGCCAGAGUGCACAAAUCAACAACAGCAUGUGGUACGGACAAUGCAAUUCGUUUUUCAUCCCAAAGAAGUUUGUUUCCUGUUCCUAUUGUGCGCCCUUUAAACAAGAGACAAUCAACGUGCGACUGGAAUGCCCUGGACAAAAUCCUUCCUUUGUGAUAAAGAAAGUGAAAGUUGUUAAGGAGUGUGCCUGCCAUGACUGUGGAUUGUCCAAGCUGUAAAAACUGAUGGUCUACAUGAAAAAUCGUUUCAACGACUGAGGAGAACACUUCAUAACAGCUUUCCAGCCAGUUGACCGUUGUCUACGAUCUUACUAAAAGAAGAUUGGAGAAGGAAAGAUUUCCCGACAGUAAUACGCCAUAAGAAAACAUCCGCUAAGCCGACGGAGCGCAGUGCUCCAAGGAAAAUAAGUUAAUUUUAAAAACGUUUCACCAGUGUAAAAUAGUAUUCGUUACAUUAUCGACGUAUACAGGAUUUGAUAGCAAAAAAAGAACAGUGAUAAAUAUUUACGGAAGGCAGAGGCUGCCAUAUUUAAACAGUGAGAUUAGAGUCAAGCAAAACUUGAUUUGUAUCUAUAUAUGAACGACAUGAUUCGUAGUUUUGAGAAAACAACUAAUUUACGUGUACAAAAAUUGUUUUAAAUAUAUUAAUCAGUUUGGAGUAGAGAUAACAUAGUCAGAGUAAUAUUGACACCACUCUUAGUAAGUGAUGUCAGAACUUGUGGCAUACAACGAGAAUCGGAUAUUAUUGUUGCAUAUUUUGAACAUAAAACUGUGGAUGUCGUUCAGGAAAAAAACUGUGGUGUAAUCUGAGCAUAAACCUUUCCAGUAAGAGCGCAAACCCGAAAGUGUAAGAGUGCUUAAAUGCUUGAGAAAUAUUGAGAUUGGAGAACCGUAUAAUCAUAUUAAAUUACAGCGUCGGAAACUUAA